AUGAACUGGUCGCCCCUGGUGAAGUGGACUCAUGUGCUCACGAUAGCAACCAUUAGUUUCUUGGUGCCCGUUGUGUCGGCCAUGCUCGCACCAGCAGUACCGCAGGUCAUGAGUGACUUCAACACAACCUCAAGCCUGUUCGCAACCUUCGUCGUAUCCAUCUUCGUCUUGGGCUUUGCUUGCGGGCCAUUGAUACUCGCUCCGCUCAGUGAGAUGUAUGGCCGUCAGAUCAUUUACAAUGUCACGAACGUCAUAUUUAUGAUUGCAACUAUUCUCUGUGGCUUCUCGCAAAAUGAGGGAAUGCUGCUCUUCUUUCGGUUCCUUGCGGGCUUCUCAGGGGUAGCAACGAUCACUAUAGGCUCAGGGACAAUUGCAGACCUCAUGCCCAGGGAGAAAAGAGGCAAGGCUGUCUCGAUAUGGUCCGUCGGUACUAUCCUGGGUCCGACAAUAGGUCCUAUCAUCGGUGGUGAGGUGGUCGACAGGGGCGCUGGUUGGAGAUGGGUGUUCUGGUCAAUAUCGAUCGUUAUUGCUGUUGUCACAAUCUUCACCUUCUUGGUCCUCCGGGAGACCUACCCUCCUGUGCUAUUGGAGUGGAAGGCAGCCAAGCUGCGAAAAGAAACCAGCAACCCGAAUUAUCGGUCCUAUCUCGCGACAGACUUGACUCCUCGCGAGCUUUUCCGAAGAAGUAUUGUGCGGCCUGUGAAGUUGCUUCUCUGUUGCCCGCUUGUCACAGUCAUGUGCACCUACGUCGCCAUCCCCUAUGGUACUCUUUAUCUUCUCUAUGCAACUUAUUCUUUCGUCUUCACGGAGGUAUACAAGUUCUCAGCCCUGUAUGAUGGGCUGGUAUUCCUCCCUGGUGGGAUUGGCACAUUGAUGGGGGCUUACUACAUUGGGACGCUCAGCGACAGGAUAGUCCGAAGGCGAAUAGCUGCCGGGGGUAUGAGCACGCCCGAGGACCGCCUUUCACUUAUCAUCACGGUUCCUGCGGCAUUGACGUUUCCUGCCGGCCUGCUGAUGUACGGGUGGUGCGUGGAAUAUCACGUUCAUUGGAUCGUGCCUCAGAUCGGAACGGCUGUGACUGGGUUUGGCUCCAUCCUCAUCUUCUCAGGCAUUCAGACGUAUCUCAUUGAUGCGUUUGAGGGCUAUGCUGCCAGCGCUGUUGGAGCGAACGCGGUGCUAAGGGGACUUGUCGGGGCUUUUCUCCCGUUGAGCGGCCUAAGCAUGUAUCAUGCUCUCGGAUGGGGAUGGGGAAACAGCUUACUGGCUUUCCUAACGUUAGCAUGUGCGCCAAUACCAUGGACAUUAGCUAUUUAUGGUGCUAAGAUACGCAACUUGGGCUGCAACAAAGUCAAGUUGUAG